AUGACUUCUCAGCCAAGCAGUCGCAUUCUACCAGACGUUCCGUGUCGAGUUUGUCAAGACCACAGCUCCGGUAAACAUUACGGCAUAUUCUCUUGCGAUGGCUGUGCGGGCUUCUUCAAACGAUCGAUCCGACGACACAGGCAGUACGUAUGUAAAAAUAAGGGCGGUUGCGAGGAAGGACGAUGUAUCGUCGAUAAAACGCAUCGAAACCAAUGCAGGGCUUGUCGGCUUCGAAAAUGCCUAGAAAUCGGCAUGAACAAGGAGGCAGUUCAACAUGAAAGGGGUCCAAGAAAUUCGAGCCUAAGGCGACAGAAUAUGUUACUUGAGCAUCCCAGAUUAGCAUUUUCGCCCGACCUUGGCUCAGACUCAGAUGCAUCGCCGCCAUGCAUGGAGAAGUUACCAGAAGUCGCGGCGCGGGUGUUUUUCCAGCUGAUCACUUGGACACGGUACCAGCUACCGUUCGCGUGUUUGCCUCUUGAAAGACAAAUCGCAACAUUUCAACAGUGUUGGCCAGCUCUGUUUGUGCUAACUUGUGGGGAGCGACCUUUCAUCACAUCUCAGCAAAUUUUGGCUGAAAACACAGAUUUUCUCAAGGAAAAAUCUGAGGUCGCUGAAUGCUUUGAGAAAAUGGAAUCUUUGCGGCUGGACUCACGUGAACAUGCGAUGCUUCGAACAUAUGCUCUAAUGAAAGACACUCCGUCGGCAUAUCAGCUCGGAUUCCAGCUGGCUGCUUAUCAUCAAGUCGUACAUCGAACCGAUCCACUUCGAUUCUUGAAAUGUCUGGACGUACUGUCAAUAUCAGCCGACUCACUGGUGGCGAUCCUUUUCCGUCCAUCCAUCGGCGAAGCUUCCAUGAACAGACUCAUCGCAGACAUUCUGAAUCCGCGCAAGCCUGAAGUUCCGCUUCCAGCACCUCAGGUCCCUGUGACCAAGACUGACUUCUGCGUUGAAGGUUUGCUGGGUAGGACCAGCUCCUCAUCGUCCACUCCCACUCCUGAGGUCUCCGGAAUAAAACAGGACGUCGGUAAUGCUAGUCCUGAAAGUCUGAGUGGGACCGAAGAAGCUUAG